AUGUCUCUAAGGCAACGAAUUAAGAAAGGGAGUAAGUCCAAAGUCAGCUCUGUCAUCAAAAGGCUAACCAAAAUAACCGAAAACAUAGUCGGUAUUGUCUCAAACCAGGGAAAAGCCCAUAAUGACCUUGAUGCUUUUGGGGAAGUUUUUAAAAGAAUAGCUGCGGUCAAACCACCCACUUACCUUGGCAAAGUAGACCCAGCGAGCUUAGAAAAUUGGGUGAGAGAAUUUGAUAAACUUUUUGAUGCUAUUAAUUGCCCCGAGGAAUUAAAAGUCAAUAAUGUUGUUUAUUACCUUAGAGAGGAAGCCGAUUUGUGGAGUCAAAGGAGAGAUGAAUUGUUGAGUAAUCCUAACUUUGGGUGGGCUCAAUUAAAGGAAGCUUUGAGAGAGAAGUUUUACCCUUCCUAUUUGAGGAAGCAGAAGUGCAUGGAGUUUACGAACCUUAGAAUGGGGAACAUGACGAUUAAUGAGUAUUAUAGCAAGUUCAUUGAGUUAAUGAGAUUUGCACCUGAGGUAGUGCCAACUGAAGCACUUAAGGCACAGAGGUUUGAACAAGGUUUGACUUUGACCCUUCAAGGAAAACUAGGAGGAGUGACCUUUGAAACUUUAGAUGAGGUUUAUGGGAGAGCAGCGCACCUUUAUAGGAUCAAGGGGAGAGAGCUAGAGGGAAACUUUUCUAGGGAAAAGAGGAAGCCUAGUGGGACUUUCAAUGAGAGUGAGAAGUAA